GUAUCUGAGACCCAUCCUGCGCUCUCUCGCUCCGGACGCGAGCGUUGCCUUCAAGCGCAAGAGGGGCUCGGUCGCUACAAUAAUGAAUUCUCUGUUAAAAUACCUUCUCAUACUUCUGGGACUCAUCUCGGUCAUCAUCAACAUCGUGUUGAUUUGCUUAAAUUCAAACAGGCUUCCAAAAUGCACGUCCCAGCAGCCUCAAGGGUCCCUAAAAGUGACACACACAGAUAAAAGUCUGGUUUUUGCGGACCUAACGGCAAAGGAGUACAAGUCCGUUCGCGACUACAUGUGGGCCCAAAAAGACCUAAAGAUCUCCCAUUCGUUAACGGCAAAGCCCUCGGAGAAUUUCCUCUUUUUAAUUGACCUCGCGCUCCCGAGGAAGGCUGACGCGCUGCGCUACUUGGAUCACGACGCGCAGAAGCCGCCCCGCUACGCAAGCGUCGUUGUCUUCUACGGCGAGCGCGGUUACCUGAAGGAGUACGAGGUAGGACCGCUAUCCGGUCAGCUGCAGCUUAUCGACGUUACGCAGAAAAAGUACAACACCCCGGAGUUGCCCUUCACGGCCCGCACGGUUACGGUCGGAGAGUACGCGCAGCUCUUCAACCUUAUUUAUCAGACUUUCCAAAAACUUGAAAAACCUCUGAGUGAAAGCUUUGGUUAUAGAAAAGGGGUCAGGGAGCUGCUGCCGUUCGAAGGCAUGCCGAGAGGCAUCAAAAGUGGUGACCGCAAGACCUGGAUCUCUUUUUUCCGCGACUUCAGCGGCAUGUACAUCCAUCCUGUGGGCUUCGAGAUGCUGGUCAACCACGAAAGCAGCGACACGGCGAACUGGACCAUUGACAGGCUGUUGUACAACGGUCAGUACCUUAACAGCAUCGACGAAUUUAUGACAAAAUACAAUUCUGGUAUUUUAAAAAGGAUAGUCCACAAAGAAAUCCCCAAUCACGCUUCGCUGAAGCCAAAAAACAAGCCUUCUGGUUUAGGACCACAGCAGUAUUAUCUUCAAGGGAAACGUUACAGCGUUAAAAACAACCAGGUGAUUUAUCUGGACUGGAGCUUUGCGUUUGGCUUGAGUUCUCUGACCGGGAUGCGGGUGUUUGAUGUUAAGUUUAAAGGGGAGAGGAUUGCGUACGAGCUCAGCGUGCAGGAGGCGAUGUCCGUCUACGGCUCUGUUACGCCCGGGAUGAUCCUCACCAAGUUCUUGGACUCGAGUAUCGGGAUCGGUCGCUUCGCGCACGAGCUCGUCCGUGGGGUCGACUGUCCCUACGCGGCUACCUACGUCGACACGUACCGCUAUAUUGACACAAAUGUCACGCAGCGGUUCAGAAACUCCAUCUGUGUUUUCGAGCAUGACAUCGGGCGACCUCUGCGCCGACACUUCUCAGAUUUCUUUCAUAACGGGUACGGCGGGAUGGCGAACAGCGCCCUGGUGAUCCGCUCUAUUACCGCUAUAGGGAACUACGAUUACAUAUGGGACUUUAUUUUCUACCAGAGCGGCUCCGUGGAAGCCAGGGUUCACGCCACCGGCUACAUAUCGUCCUCCUUUAAGGAUGAGGGAAAUUUGCAUUACGGCCACCAGGUCGCGGAGAACGUCCUUGGAAACAUCCACACCCACUUCAUCAACUUUAAAGUAGACUUGGACAUUUUAGGUGUGAAGAACGUAUUUCAGACUAAAGAUAUGGUGUAUAAAGAAGUCCCGUUACCGUGGAUGCCCUUUGAGAAAGCAAAGAUACCACAUUUAGUGGAGCAGCAAAUCAAGACAGAAAAAGAAGCAGCGAUGCUUCAUGGUACCAAAACACCCCGUUACCUUCAUAUAGCCAGUAAUCGGACUAAUCGCUGGGGCCACCAUCGCUCUUACAGGCUUCAGGUGGUUAGCUUUGCUGGAGAUCAUCUCCCUGAAAGUGAGUCCACAGAGAAGUCCAUGUCCUGGGCCAGGUAUAAAGUUGCUAUAACUAAGCAUAAAGAUGAAGAGCAGACUAGUAGCAGUCUGUACAGUCAGAAUUACAUGUGGUCCCCAUUCGUUGACUUCAGCAAAUACAUCGAAGAUAAUGAGACGAUCGUCAAUGAGGACUUGGUUGCCUGGGUGACCGCCGGGUUCCUACACAUUCCACACGCAGAAGACAUCCCCAACACGGUUACUAUUGGCAAUGGCGGCGGUGUCAUCCUUAGGCCGCACAAUUAUUUCGAUGAAGAUCCGUCCAUCCACUCUCCUGAUGGAGUGUAUAUUGUUCCAGGCUCUGAGAGUAACUGUGAGUACAAUAGAAUGGCGUGUCUGGAAAAGGAUCAGUGCACUUCCACGCCGGAGCCGUUCACUUACCACGGCUUUGAAGGUGUUAUGAAGUUUGAUUAGGGUCUUAAUUCAGAUUGUAAUAUAUGUACGCUGUUACGGUCUUGUUAAAACAUUUGCAGCAGUAUAUAAUCCAUCCUCACUCACCUAUAGUUAUUUUGACAAGCAGUUUCCUGCUUUUGAAGCUUAUUAUGUAAAUAUUAUGAAGUUUUGUAGCAAAAUGACUGCGUGAUGUGAUUCGUUCAGACUAUUAAAAUUACAUAUUAUUUAGGUUGUAUCUUUCUUUCUAUCCUUUCUUUAGACAGUGUAUUUUUUGCGAAGGGUCAUUUUCAUUAUACUGUUUAAACACUUAGAUGUAGAAAAAUUUUAAUAGAUUACAUAUAAAAGCCCAAAUGCACUCCCAUUUUAAUGAAAACAUUCAUUUAUGCAAAAAAAUGUGAAGGGUGACCACUGUAUUGUUUCUUUUUUUGUUGUUGUAAUUUUUUAUGCUUUUAUUUUUAAAUGGCAAAAUUGUAUGUAAGGUUUUUAUAACAUGCUGUUAAUAAUAAACUUGUUUAAAGUCA